GGAGAGGAAUGCGGCCCUGCAACUACAACAAUUUCAAGACAUUGCUUUUAUUGCUGUUAUUGUCGGUUGAUCAGGUUCAUGUAUAUCUUGUCCAUAUGUGUCUAGUAUGUACAUACAUACAUAUAUUUUGUCCAAAUUCCCAUUCAACAGCACCGCGCAGAUACAAUUACCAAAGGUUUGGUUUUUGCUUUUACUUUUGCUUUUGUGCAUUUGCCUUUGCUUUUUCAAAUUUCAUUUUAAAUUGUCUUUUCCUCUUAUUUCAUUUCAAUUGUAUGCCUUUAGCUUUGACUUGUUUAGUAUUGGUUUUGGUCUCACUUACUUUGUGCACUCGCCACUCAGUCAGUCAGUCAGGUUGAGAACGUCGUCGGAAAUUGUCGCGCAACAAGCAUACGCGCAGUCGCUUAUUUUGAAUGUAAAAGGACGGUUUCUAGCGAUACUACUGAGAAUCUCGCGCACAAACCUACAUACAUUGUCAUGAAGUUGCAAAAAAAAAUAUAAAAAAUUGCCAAAAAUGCAAAAGCAGCAAAAAUAAAUGUUUCGGUACUCACAUUAAGUUUUACGAAAAUCUCGAAAAUGUUCGAUGUGCGCUCGUUUGUGCCGAAUUUUGUAAAUUUUGGUAUUUGUUUGAAGUUGUGGGCGCUCAUUCUCUAGUGGUGUAUGUGCACGCCGCCCAUUGGAAUGGCUAGUGCGAUUUCUUUAGAGCUAUUGUACAGCCUAGAGUUAUUUCCUGCAGUUCGCUGACACAAAACACGAAAAAGCGCAAUAAAAAUUGGCCGCAUAUUUCCGUACAGCGGCUACUUGCAACACGAUACGGCUAAUAGCCAACGGACGCGAAAAGAAACGUAUUCGCGCACGCAUACAUUCGCACCUAUUCUGUAUUUGAACACGCGCACGCGAUUUAAAAUAACUUUUAUGCAAAUAAGUUAAUUUUCGCAAAUAACGCCUUUUGGGCAAACGAAAACACACUUCCAUGUGCACCCGUAGGAUGGCAGUGCAGUUUCACAAAAACUGAGAUGUGCAGUGAUUGAAUGUUAUCGAUAUACAAGUAUGGUAAUUGCAUUUCCUAUUCAAUUUGAAAUUGAAUUUAAACGGAAAAUGCACAAAAGUAUUUAAAAGCAAAACUUGCAUUAAGUGAAUGGAAAAUAAAUUUACUCACCAAUAUUGGAUUUUUAAAUGUGAAAAUAAGAAAUAAGCGGCGAUCAACACACUGACAGCAACUACCUGUCGUUGGAAGGCAUGAACUCGCACUUCGACAGACCCCAAACAGCAUGUGACCGGAAACGCCAAAACGCUACGGAACUAAUCUUCUGUCCACUGAAAAAAAUCUCGAAGUCCGCAGAAUGUUAAAACACACCUCAAAUGCCGGCGGAGUGAGCGGCGGACCAGCGAAUGGUCAGUUGCGUAAUAAUCCCAACAAUGGCAACUCUGCAACGGCCUCUAACCGCAAUAUACACCUGCGACCGCAACAACCGCUCAAUAUCUCCACAUUAAGUGCCACACAGAACGCCCUACAAACCUCGGCCAACACCCCGGCGACGGCGAACGGAGGUCAACGCGUACCCACAUUAUUAAAUAUCGCCUCAACACCUAUAUCGGCGGGCACGACAAAUACAUUAACGCCGUUAACACCUAGCGCUGGUAAUACGACGACGGCAACAACAACGACGCCAGUUACACCGCUGACACCGAAUGGAAUUGGCAAUAAUUUGCACACAUAUACAAAUCAGCAUAUUCUAGCUUCCAACAACAAUAACAAUGCACACAACACAACUGCUGGCACAAUAAACAGCAAUACAAAUCAUAAUAACAACAACAAUAGUAACGCACAUUAUAAUAAUCAUAAUUAUAGUAAUUGCCACAAUCUGACAACGGGUGUGUUAAUAAAUCAAUCGAAACAUGGACCUGGACCGAGAGAAGCGCUAACGAGUCUAGGACUAUUAUGUUUAGUUUCCCUGCUAUUAGCGCUAUUGUCGUUAAUUUUUCUGCUGAAAAUUUCACCUAAUGCCCGCGAAGAUGCUUUGACGCGAAGCUCUGCUGAGGAUUUUGUAAUUGUCUACGAUGUUACAUUAGCGCUCUGUGCACUUUCGCUGUCACUAAAUCUAUGUUGUUUGCUGGUGUGUGCAAUACAAUUUCUAUUCGCUGUGAAAUUGGUGCGAUCACCAAUGUUUGAUGGCAGAGAUAACAAAUAUUUGGAAAAAUCAAGUGCGAGUCGUACCUGUGCUGUCGGUGGUUUCUUUAUAUCCAUACCAAUUUUCCUCACAGGCAUUAUUCUGUACACAUUCAACCAUUUCCAUUCAACUCCUGCCAUUAUCACAAGCGUGCUUAUCGGCAUUGGCAUCGUAUUUUGCGGCGGCGCAAUGGUCCAUAAUGUUUUUAUUUGGCAGAAGGAAAAAACCAUUAGCUAUCGGAGUCCACCAUUGAAUAUGUCUAUGGUAUCACACAUUGGGCCCAUAACACCGCCUGCGCAAUUUUUAAGUCCGCAUCAAACGCAUCACUUUAUGAGUUAUGCGCCGCACAUGCAUGCCACACACCCACACACACAUGCACAACCGCAAUCGCAAACACAAACACAGUUAGGCGUGCAACUACAUCCGACUUCCGUGACACCGGUCUCACCAAAUCAUUCACACGGCAGCUUCAACGCGUUACUCUCAGCGGGUGCACUAAAUUCGUCGUUUCUAAUCCGCCCAUCAACAGCAACACCGCCCACACCCAAGCCGUUGCCACCACAAUUAUCAAACGGUGGCGGUUGUUUGACGUUAAGCGCGCGUGAGGCUAGCGGCUCAGUUAGCCCCGGUAUACCCGGCACGCUAGAUAUGAGCAAUAUAACCAGUCCUUCGCUGCAUGAACUAUCAACGUUGGUGUAGUCUUCAACAUUGUUAUUAAAUAACUACGUUUAUGUAUAAAUCAUAUUUACAAGCACUAUUCACAUUUCAAUCACACCGAAGCUUAUUUGUUACUUUUAAAUGGUUAGUGACAGCCGGAAGUGAAAGUUGAGCAAAAUGUAUCGAUAACUCAAACAGUUCGAUAUAAAUAUAAAACGUAACAAUAAACACAAUCAAAAAAAUAUUUGUGUGAGCAUAUCUACAUAUACAUAUAUAUGAGUAUAUGUACAUAUAUAGUAAAAAAUUAAACAAAAAUAAACAUGUAAAUAUAGUGUUAUUAUUUAUGGUAUGUUGAAUAUUUUUAUAUUAUAAUAGCAAGUGUAAAAAGUAGUUGCAUAAAGUUUUAAUAUAAAAAAGCUUAGAAACAAAAAACGGUGCUUCAUUAUGAAGUUUUAUAUUUAUGUUGUUGAAUUUAAGAUUUAAUUUAAGUAUACAUAUAAAUAACUUAAAAAUACGACAUAUGCUUGCCUGAUUAUUUCCUUCGCAACAUCAUAUUUAUUAUUUCUUAAUUUUUUUUUAAUUUUAAAUAUAACGGUAUAUUUUAAAGAAAUGUAAAACAAAACAAAUUGCCAUAUCUAUUUUCUAAAUGUUAACUAUUUUUCUUUUUAUAAGAGUAAUAUCAUUCAUAACAAAAACGCAUAAAUCUAAUAAAUAUAGCGGGCAUAAUAGUUUUUGUAUAUAGCAACGCUGUGUAAAAAAAUAAAUAAUUUUGAUUUCUCA